GGCAGUUCAGUGAAAUUCCUCCACUGUUACAUUGUAAACAGAUGAAAUACAGCUUGUUCAAAUUGUGACGAAGAUACACUUUUGAAGUCGUCUACGACUAUCUUUAGUGCCUUCACAUGACCUAAGUGCACCUGACCCAUGUGAAGGAGUAGGGGGAGAGAGAGAGAGCGGAGCCACACCACACACCAUGGCAGCUUUCACCAGUACCCCCAAAGUGAGUUCCAGGAGCGCUCCUCGGCACGGGGUCAGGGAGGAGAGCCCAGCGGAGUGUGACUGGAAGGACUGUGAGACUGGAGGCAGCGAGAGGUAUAGAGGACACCUCACCAUGCUGGAGAAGACCCAUGACUUCUUCCAGAUCUGUGACAUUGAGGACAAGGGCUUCAUCACCCGCCGGGACAUGCAGAGGCUCCAUGGAGAGCUGCCCCUCAGUGCAGAGGAGCUGGAGAACGUCUUCGACACACUGGACUCUGACGGCAAUGGAUACCUCACCCUGGAGGAAUUCUCCUCGGGCUUCAGUGAGUUCCUGUUUGGCCGGAGGAUCUCUAUAACAGAGGGGAUGGAGGAGGCCAGCCCCAUUGCCAAGGAACCCACCCAGGUCCCCACGCAGGGCCCUCCAGACUCCCUGUACCAGACCCAGUGGGAGGAGAGGCUGGCGAGCAGCGACGAGGAGGAGGAGAAGCACUUCUGCAUGCUAAUGGAGAGCUUGGGAGCCAGCAACGUCUUUGAGGACCCUGGUGAGGUGCGUAGUCUGUGGGCCCAGCUGACGAGGGACGAGCCGCACCUCCUGUCCAACUUUGAGGAGUUCCUGGCCAGGGUCAUUUUACAGAUCAAAGGGGUCAAUCAGGAGAGGAUGGAGAUGGAGAGCGCCCUUAAAAAAAAAUCAGCAACACAUGACGAUGAGAUCCAUCGCUUAUAUGAAGAAAUGGAGCAGCAAAUCAAAAAUGAGAAGGACAGGAUCCUACUGCAGGACUCUGAGCGCUUCCUGUCUAGGAGUCAGGAUCUGGAGCAUCAGCUGUCCAGUAAGGAGAGGGAGCUGGAUCAGAUCUUCCAGAAACAGAGGAGGUUGGAGCGUCAGUGCCGGGAGCUGCACAGCGAGCAGCAUGUGACCAAGGUGGAGAACGUGAAGCUGAAGCAGACCAAUGAAGAGCUGGCCCAGGAGCUGGAAUACACCAGUCAGGAGCUGAGCCUGGCACAGGAGCAGCUGGUCCUCCUGCAGGAGCAGUCCUCACACCUAAACCAGGAGAGGGAGAUGGAGAUGUACUGGAUCACAGAGGGAUUGCAGAGGGAGCGAGCGAGCCUGCUGAAACAACUUGACCUCCUGAGGGAAAUGAACAAGCACUUACGAGAUGAGCGAGACAUGUGCUCUUAUCAAAAACCGAGGAAUACUGUUAAAAAUCCUGCUUGCAACCCGAGACCUGGAUCAAAUACUCUCAAUCCCUUUGACAGAAAGGCCUUUAGUGAGGAUGAGGAGGUAGUACUCCCCCACUCUAAGAGGAAGAGUACGGAGGGAGUGAAUGACUCCAAACCCCCCCACAGACCCCUCCAGAGGAUCAUCUCCAUAGAGGAGGACCACCUACCCCAGCUCCUACAGGACGACUACCAGGCUCAGCUCUGGGAGUGGCGUGAGGAGGCCGAGGACGACAAGCACAUAGAGCUACAGAUGAACUCUAUAAAUCCUCCCAGUUCUCCUCCAUCGAGGGAGCAGCAGCCAGUUGACACCAGAGAGACAGAGACGCCUACAUCUCCCAGGGGCCAGCCAGCCGGAAAGGAGACAAUGGUGAAUGAGGAGGGUGCAGCGUCAGCCCCAGACCGCCUGUUUAAGAUCAUCCUGGUGGGGAAUUCCAGUGUGGGGAAGACCUCCGUCCUCAGGAGGUUCUGUGAUGACUGCUUUUACCCAGGCACCUCUGCCACCGUCGGCAUUGACUACAGUGUGAAGACGAUACUGGUGGACAACAGCCAGGUGGCGCUGCAGAUGUGGGAUACAGCAGGACAGGAGAGGUAUCGCAGCAUCACCAAGCAGUUCUUCCGCAAGGCUGACGGUGUGGUAGUCAUGUAUGACAUCACUGCUGAGCAGAGCUUUAUUGCAGUGAGGCAGUGGCUGACCAGUGUACAGGAGGGGGCUGGUGAGGACAUUCCCAUCAUGCUGCUGGGGAAUAAAAUGGACAAGUGGAGCGAGAGGAAGGUUCAGACAAGAGUGGGCGAGAAAUUAGCCAAGGACUGCCAGUUGAUUUUCUACGAGUGCAGUGCUUGCUCCGGACAAAACGUGGUAGAAUCAAUGGUAAAUUUGGCAAGAAUUCUGAAAGAGCAGGAGGACAGAGAGAAAGAGAAGACGAUCCAACUGGUGAACAGCCCUUCACAGAAGAAGAGGUCCUGCUGCUAGCAACAAAAAGGCUAUUACCUGUUCACUGUACUUUCUGAACUCCGGUCCUUAGGAACUCAAGGAUCUACAGCACAAUACCUCUCUCGAUCUCUCUGUCUCGGUUUCACUCUAACUCUCUCUCUACACAUGCAGUGUGUACACCUGUUUUUCAUGAAUCUGUGGCUUUUAAAACACCUCUUUCAGAUUUUAUCUUAGCACUUCACACCAUGAAAGGGCCAGGCUACGGGCUGACACUACCAUAGGUGAAUAGAAUUAAAUAAAAAAAGACAGUAUUGCACUAUUAUAAUAGCACAUAGAUGUAUUUUCCUAAUAACUACAAUGUAUUUUUUAUGAAAAUGUAUUUUCAACCAGCUAAGCCAAAACCAACAGUGUGUCAAACAAAUAUACUGUAUAAAAAUGAAAAAGUAAUCUUUCAAGAAAGUAAACUUUGUUUAUGCUGGGUUAGGUUUUGGCCAAUUUGUGAAAUCGGGAUUUUGUUCAGAACCUAUUGAACAUUUCCAGCAGUAAAGAAGAGUUAAUAUUAUGUCAGAUUUUGACUCUCUCAGAUCAAUUUGGUUAAUAGAUGAGCCUAUCCCUCAAACGUAAUAAGGUUUACUGUUGUACAUUGGGACGAUUGUCCAGAAGUCAACUAUGUGUAUAGAAAUGCCUUUGCAAUGACUGGACGGUAAUAGAGCUCUGCCAUACUGGACCUCUAUCAAAGCGUUUGCAUGCAAACUGUCACCACUAUUUGGCUUUUUUAUAUAAUUGGCGCAGUGUUAUUUCUAUGAAGGAGUUGUCUGUUGUUGUACUGUAGUUGUUUGCUCAAUCUUGCCAAGGGAUAUGCCUUUUCAACAACCAGAUCUCUUAUAAGUAUUUGUUUGUGGACGUGCUAAAACAUUUAUUCUAAUAAUUCCAUAAAAGUUGGUAUAGCACCAAGUAUUCUUGAACAAAUUAUCUUGAGCUCCAGCUGGGAAUUUGUUGUAAUAUAACAUAUUGUAAUGUACACGGUCACUGCACCCGUACAGUAUAGCAACUUAGCUUCCCAUAGAUACAUAUGAGACAAUGGAGGUGUCAUUAGUAUGUGUAUGUUCUGGGAUGUUGAGGAACACUGACAAAUCAUCAUUUGGGGCUCUCCAGUGUAGAGUAUCUCUUGUGUAUUUGACAAUGUGCAAUAGAUUCAUGACCACUCUAAACGAACCAACCCGGUUGCAUUUGUGCCACGCUACUGUGCCUGUGUUCUUGCACAAUAAUGUAUGUGAAAAUGUAAAUAUGAAAAAUGUUGUAUGGUUUCUCUGAAUAAUAAAUGGAUAUUGUAUAUUUA